GUGCGUCCCCAGCGCUCCGCGCGUUCUCUACGUCCAGAGCCCUUGGAGGAGGUGUUUCCGGCCAUUCAUACUCUCAGUCUAGCGUUCCUUUGCUACCUGGUUCUGUACUCCACCGGGCCUAAAGGGUGACGGCGUAGCUAGGAUGAAGCUCGUGAGAUUUUUGAUGAAAUUGAGUCAUGAAACUGUCACCAUUGAAUUGAAGAAUGGAACACAGGUCCAUGGAACAAUCACUGGUGUAGAUGUCAGCAUGAAUACACAUCUUAAAGCUGUAAAAAUGACCCUGAAGAACAGAGAACCCGUACAGCUGGAAACACUGAGUAUUCGAGGGAAUAACAUUCGAUAUUUUAUUCUGCCAGACAGCUUACCUCUAGAUACACUACUUGUGGAUGUUGAACCAAAGGUGAAAUCUAAGAAAAGGGAAGCUGUUGCAGGAAGAGGCCGAGGCCGAGGAAGAGGAAGAGGACGUGGCCGGGGCAGAGGAAGAGGGGGUCCUAGGCGAUAAUGUUUCUAACAAUUACUGUUUCAAAGUGAUAAGUGAUUUGGGGUAUUUUUUUUGUACAGGUUUUGUUUGUUUAUGUCAGUUUUUAAUAAACAUAAAUGUGGGAAAGUUGUCUUUUGACUUAAA